AUGCUGGACCGUGUCGAUGUUUUGGUCUGUGGAGGAGGCCCAACUGGUCUUCUCACAGGUCUAGGUCUUGCGCGCCAGGGAAUUUCAGCAGUUGUACUAGAAAAAUGUAAGAAGUCUGAGCAGGCCAGAUUUGGCCGAGCUAGUUUGUUAUACCCACGAACAUUGGAACUGCUCGAUCAAGUGGAUGUAUUCGAGCAAAUGGCCGAGAUUGCUCAUAUUUCCCGCGGCUACGUCAACUACAACGGCGGAAAGAGAGUGAUCUCAGGUACCUAUCACUCAAUGUUCAAUCAAUUACAGGGAACCUACUUUGAUUACGUGAUCAACAUCAGACAAAAGUACUCUGAGCAGAUCUUCCGAAAAGCAUUUGAGUCACAUGGAGGUGCCUUUUAUGAAGAAUAUGAGCUGGUCUCGAUUGUCCAGGAUGAUGAUGCUGCCGAUGAUUAUGCAUUGACAGUACGAGUGAAGAACAAUGCUACUGGAGAAGAGAAUGAAAUUAAAUGCAAGUACCUUGUCGGUGCUGAUGGAAAGAAUUCCGCUGUUCGUCAGCUUUCCGAAAUUCCCUUCAUUGGUGACAACACUGGAAUCAAAUGGUUCCGAAUGGAUGCAGUCGUAAAGACUGAUAUGCCUGAUGCCCGUGUUGGCAUGGCUUCCAUUGAGUCUCCUGUCUACGGCCACGUCUUGUGGAUGUGCCAGGACCAUGGCCGAACUCGUAUCGGCUUUUCAUUGCCACCAGCGCUUGCCGAUCGAUUUGGCACUGACAUUACCGAAGCUGAAGUACGACAAGCCGCCAAAGAAGCUGUCGCCCCAUUCAGUCUAGAGUUUGAGACUGUUGACUGGUGGACUUUGUACAGUGUCGGACAAAGAGUAGCCGGAACCUUCAGAAAGCAGAGAGUAUUCCUCGCCGGAGAUGCAUGCCACUCUCAUUCUUCUGGCGCUGGCCAAGGUAUGAAUGCAGGCGCUCAGGACGCCCUGAAUUUGUCCUGGAAAUUAGGUGGAUACCUCAAAGGGUGGUAUGAUGAAUCUGUCUUGGAUACAUAUGAGCACGAGAGAAAACCAGAGGCCCAGCGCAUCAUUGACCAGGACAAGACACUCUCCGCACUAAUCACAGGAAAGAUUCCAGAGGGAGUGGGCAAACCUGGCAUGAAUUCUUUCCAAAUUCUUGGAGAAUUCAUCGCAUCCACGAUGCGGUAUACUCUCGGUCUCGAUGUUCACUACGAGCAAAAUAUUCUCAACAAAAAAGCAAAUAUCGGUCUAAUCGCAGCAGGCUGGGCGGGCCCUGAUGUACUUUUGCGACGCCCUGGAUCUAGAAUCCCUCUUCGUCUGCACCAAGUCACCAAGAACGUUGGAAGGUUCCAUGUCUUGGUUUUCACUGGAAAUCCGGCAUUAACCGGCAAGAGCUUGCAGAGUUUGCGAUCCUACUUCGACAGCGAGGACUCCUUCACUCGUAAGGUUCCUGACUUUAUCAACUACCUCACCAUCAUCCCAGGAGACUCCCCACAGGCAGAUCAUUACCUCGGAGUAGGUCGUUGGGGUAAAGCUUUCUACGACGCCGACAUGUCCGCUGCCUGCACUUAUGGCUUCUCGGCAGCUCUAGGUGGUGUCGUUGUUCUAAGACCUGAUGGCAUCCUUGGAUACUCGGGCGAGCUUGGUGAAGGCAAGGAACUAGGAGAAUAUUUCCUCCAAUUUGUCAAAGCUAAUGUGGACGGCCCUGUGGCUGUGGAAGCCAUUCCUGAGACUGCUGAGAAUGAAUCAAAGCAGACCGGAGAAAUUGAAUUCAACGCAGAUACUAUAGUAUCUAAGCCAAUUGAGAGCGAACUUCCUUCCGUCACGGAGACUACGGUAUCCAAACCAGUUGUGAACGAAUUUCCAUCCACCACGGAAACUACAGAAUCCAUACCAGUUGUGAACGAAGUCCCAUCCACCACGGAGACUACAGAAUCCAAACCAGAUGUGAAUGGAGCUCACUCUGUCGUUCAGACUGAGAUCCCCAUAAGGGCAGGCCCUGAAAUUGUUACCGCAUGA